UGCUCUUAGUGAGGGUGGCGGCGGCGGCGGCAGUGUGUGCGGAGGGGACCCGACGUGACGGGCUGUCGACUGGCCUUGCCUGCACGCCUCUUGAGGGAAUGCAACUUUUUUUUUUGGACAAAAACGUGGCGGAAUGAUGCAGAUUUUUGAGGAUUGUUCGCCGAUCGCUGCCGCGAGACAGUCGGGCGCGGGGCUGUAGGGCUGCGCGUCGUGCACAGACACUCGCAGUGUGUGUGUGUGUGCGCGCGCGUGUGUGUGUGUGUGUCAGGAUGCCGGGGCUCGUCUGAGAAGCCCCCCGCCGUGUGGUAUUUCUCUGGAUUCCCCUUCCCCCCCCCCCCUUUUCUUUUUUCAAGAAAAAUCAAGUCCUUCCUUCGGCGACGAGCGGCCAGUUUCAGAAAGCGCGACCUUUCACCAUUUCAACUUCCAAGAGAUGGUGUUCUCCGCUUUGUCCUCGGCUCGCAGCACACCCGGGUAACGGAGGGAGCGAGCUACGCGACGACACCCCGACACCGACGAGCGGCGUCGCCCUCCCUCGGUAAGACCGUGCUUCGGCUACGGCUACGGCUGUCGCCUCGGCGGGCGGAGCAGCCUCGACAGGCGGCUGCCCGCGGCUGCCGGGGCGCACAUUCACAACCGUCGUUUUUUCACCUCCUCCGGAGCGGCGCGACAGCACGAGUCUCCGGCCGUGUAGUCGUUUCCCCGGGGGUGGGCGAGCUAGCCCCCUCAGUUACACAAGUUGCCCCAACCGCGCGGAUGUUGACCUCGCCGGCCGACUCGCUAGCCCGCGUUAGCCCCAGUGAAGAUGCCCCUACAUGCUAGGCGUGCUAGCUAACAGAGGCUGCUGUUUCAAACGCGACGCUGCCGGUGAAGUUGUCCGCCAAGUUGAGCUAACGCUCGAUUAGCCUCAACCUGCGGCGCUGCCGUCACCCGAGGCUAAACCGCUCCUCGGAGGACCUCGCGAAUGUGACGUCACCACCGGCUGGACGCCGCGGCGCGAGCCUUUUGACACUUUCCACAAACUUUGUUUCCGCCCAUCGCCGACACACUUUGCACUCCGUCACACGCGUUGUGUCUGAAACCAGGUCGUGAACUUGUCCUGAGUGUGCUUCUGAACUGACGCGGUUUGUUUUUCCUUCACAGAAGCCCCCCCCCAGGCCCCCAGGCCCCCAGGCCCCGGGAUUUAUUAUUAUAACUCAGCCGUGGAGAUUUGACGUCGGCUAUUGAUGCAUCUCGGGGUCUCUGAGUCCAUGAGAGAGUGCGAGUACAGCCAGAUCAGCACUCGCAGCUCCACGCCGAUGGAGACCCCCUACAAGAAGAGGGCCCCGAAGAAGAGGAAGUGGCGGUCGUUCCCCGGGCGGAACAAGUUCUACUGCAAUGGCAGGAUCAUGAUGGCCAAGCAGACGGGGGUCUUCUACCUCACCCUCGUCCUCAUCCUCGUGACCUGCGGACUGUUCUUCACCUUCGACUGUCGGUUCCUGGCAGUGGAGUUGACCCCGGCCAUCCCAGUCAUAGGUGGCGUGCUGUUUCUGUUUGUACUGGGGACACUGCUGCGAACCAGCUUCAGUGACCCUGGGGUGCUGCCCAGGGCCUCCCCGGAUGAAGCAGCCGAUCUCGAGAGGCAAAUAGAUGUCGCCAAUGGCAGUACAGGCUACAGGCCGCCCCCCAGGACCAAGGAGGUGGUUAUCAACGGCCAGACAGUCAAACUAAAGUAUUGCUUCACCUGCAAGAUCUUCAGACCGCCACGUGCCUCCCACUGCAGCCUGUGUGAUAACUGUGUCGAGAGGUUUGACCACCACUGUCCCUGGGUGGGAAACUGCGUGGGAAGGAGGAACUACCGUUUCUUCUACAUGUUCAUCCUCUCGCUGUCCUUCCUCACCAUCUUCAUCUUUGCCUUUGUCAUCACACACAUCAUUUUACGCUCCCAUCAAAAUGGGUUCCUCACUGUGCUUAAAGACAGUCCUGCCAGUGUGCUGGAGGUGGUGGUGUGUUUCUUCUCUGUCUGGUCCAUAGUGGGCCUCUCGGGCUUCCAUACCUACCUGAUCAGCUCGAACCAGACCACGAACGAAGAUAUAAAAGGUUCAUGGUCUUCUAAAAGAGGGAAGGACAACCACAAUCCCUACAGCUACGGCAAUAUAUUCACCAACUGCUGUGCAGCACUGUGUGGACCCCUGCCACCGAGUCUAAUUGACAGACGGGGCUUUAUCCAAUCAGACACGCCCCAGCUGGCACCACCAACCAAUGGCAUCACUAUGUACGGGGCCACCCAGUCUCAGCAGAGCCACAUGUGUGACCAAGACCAGUGCAUUCAGAGCACCAAAUUCGUUUUGCAGGCCGCCACCACCCCUCUCCUCCAGCAGCAGGGCAGCGAGCCAGUUAUCCUGACAACCUCGCCCGAGAACGGAGGCUCUCUACCGGGCCGCACCUCGCUCAUCCUGGCCGGCCCGUGCACCUCGCUCCCCCUCGGGCAGCCCACGCCUCCGACGUCGACCCCCAGCCUCAGCUGCCACGAGGCAAGCGACAUGUUACCGAUCCACGGACACAGCCACACGCACAACCACAGCCACCCCCUCCAGGAUACAGUGGCCCACCACCACCACUAUCUCACUCCAGAGGAAUUCCCCUCACCCCCAGGUAUGCUUCCCUGCGGCAGCCCCCUGGGUCACAGCCACACCAUGCAGGCCGGCUUCUACAACCCAGCCAGCCAGGACUCACUACACGAGGACUCUGUCCGAGGAUUGGUGAAGCUCAGCUCCGUCUGACGAUGGAACAUGCCCCCGUCCUCCCACCACCUCCCUCCAGCCCACUGACACUGUCCUGUGCCACUUUUGUCCCCUUUUCCUCAGCAGGACUUGAGAUCUACAAAAAAAAAGAGGCUGUGGUUUAAAUUCAGCUGCUAAAAACUGUGUGGUAUGUAACUGAACUGAAACCAGUCGUCCUCAGUCGUCGUCUUGCCAAACCUCUCUGCUGGCACUGGGAGAUGGUUCCUUGUGUGGCGGAGUGUGUUACAACUCAGACAUACACUUCUCUCUCAUGUUUUUAUUUUUUUCGUGUUUCUUCUUAAACUUCGGGGGGAUUCCAUCCUCCUGCAGACUGGACAGGGGAGGUUCGUUUUCAGUGGCCAAUGCCUGUGAGCCAUUUCAGGCCAAAUGGGAACACACAUUUUGACAGUACAUGACGCGUUUUGGUCAGAAGGCUGAAUUUCUGUCAAUGGAUCACACGUCUGACAGAUUUUAUUUUUUUUAAUGUUUUUUUUUGUAAAAUGAACUUUAGCCUAUUUGCCUGUUGCUGAUUGGACUGUCUUGGUUUUUUUGCCUUUUUUUCUUGGGACUUUCUCAGCAGUGCAAUGGUUGAUGUCAUGUUGCAUAUCAUCCUGCUUUUUCUAUGUUUAAAAAACAAACAAACAAGAGACUGUUGUACUGUACCAUGGUUAUUACAACUCCUACAAAUUAUUAUAUUUCCUGUGGAUAUUAAUAAAACACCAACUUUUUAUUAUCA